UUAGUUUUGAGAAAGCUCUCGCUGAUGAAAGUAAUAUUUAUUUAUAUUAAUAAUAGUCUAUGAAAGCGGCGAAUUCUGAAGUGCUGUGAAUAAAUAAAUAAUAAUUUGUUUUAUAACAAGAGCAUACUAAUGUACGAUAACCAAGUGUAGUACUGCAAGUCGGUUUUUUGUUUUGUUAUUAUUCCGCGAUUCUUGUUUUGCAUUCAUAUCUGAGUAUCUCCUCUUUUGUAUCUUGUAUCUAGACAAUUCACAUCAUCCGUGUUUGACGUUUUCUUGUAAAUGUCAAUAAAGUGAAAUUGUAAAAAAUAAACGAUAAGUGCAAAAUACUUUAAAAUAGAAAUUAACAAAUAACACCAGGAUCACGGUUUGCCUCCUGAUUGGUGCAAAUGUGCUAAAAGUUUAUGAAAACAAUUUUUACCUUAGACGGGAGCAAAUAAGAACCGCCAUUGUCAUCUGAGAAAAAAUCGAUAUAAAUUAAUUAUUUUUCCAACCACUACUAUUGUGGUUAGGAACUUCAGUAAUGGAUGACGAGUUUAAACUGUGCUGGAAGAAUUUCCAGGAUAAUAUAGCCAGUGGAUUUCAGAAUUUAUAUGAUCGUGGAGAUUUGGUUGAUGUUACAUUAGCUUGUGAUGGAAAAUUGUUGCAUGCGCACAAAAUUGUACUUGCAAUUUGCAGUCCAUAUUUUCAAGAAAUUUUCAUAACCAAUCCCUGCAAGCAUCCAAUAAUUAUACUAAAAGAUGUCACCUUCAACAUUAUGUGCGAACUACUGGAAUUCAUGUAUCAGGGUGUGGUGAAUGUCAAGCACACGGAAUUACAGUCGUUCAUGAAAAUUGGUCAAUUGCUACAAAUCAAGGGUCUUGCCACAAAUGCUUCCUCAACAGCAGCUAAUACAACGACGGAUAAAUCUGCCAGUCAAACACACAAUGCCGAUGAAGCGAGCAACGCAUGCGUAGACGCUGAUAAUAAUAGUAGUGGGAUCGCAGCAAAAACAAGUUUAAACCGUGCGGUCAGUGGAAAUGAUGAUGCGAAUGGUUCUGAUGGGCUAUCAAGUGUGAAAGUGUCCAAUCCCAUUUCGGUGAAAUCUCAUUCACCCGCAUCGUCACCAUCACCCAUGAGCUUUGCCGAAUCAACAGCUAAUGCUAAUCAGCAAAAUUUCAAAAGCUCACCGGAGAGUAAUUUACCGUUGCAUCCGAAUUAUCAUGCGGCUUCAAGUCUUAAACGACAUGCAGAUGUAAAUAAUGAAGCCCUUUCAAUUUACUCGCGUAAACAAUUCCGUCGCUCGAUAGCUUCAGCCGAUCACAAUACCGAUCAUAGUGACAGUGCCGAUGCGGAUGCUGAAUCCGAUUAUUUCCUACCAUCUCUUCCACAUUUGGCCACUAACUCAUCAGCUGCGGCGGCAGCAGCGGCUUUUAGAGGCACCUUCAAUCCCGCUGCCUUUGGAUUUGAUUAUAAUUUAUACAAAAAUAGCAGUGCUGGCGGUGCAAGCGGCGUUGGCGGUGCUUGUGGUGGCAACACGCCUGGUGGUGGCAGUAGUGGCCCAGAGUAUCCAAAUGAUUUGCAUAUUCCCAGUGACUAUUCAAAGAACUUCGCAAAUCAUGUUGAUAUUCCACCAAACAGCAGCAAUGUGGUGAUGCUCUCAUCGACGUCACUGUUGCACGGUAGCUGCGUCUUUAAUCGCAACAACACCGUAGCCACACAACAAGGUAUGAAAACGUAUUGGCUCUGCAAGUCCUAUCGCAUAAGCAUGUGCAGAGCGCGCUGCAUAACCCAUCAAGGGCGCGUCAUAUCCGCAACUGGUGUUCAUAAUCAUCCGCCACAUAUGCGCGGAAGUGGUGCUGGUAGUGGCUUGGGUAACAAUGGAGGAGGCAACAGUAAUGCAAGCGGUAGUGGGAAUGGAGUAGGUUUUCCCAUCGAUGUCAAUGCACAACAAUCAUCUUCUGUAGCAACCUCUAAUACGUCCGCAAUAAAUUUGAACUCCAUUAAUAUGGCCGGUGUAUUGUUGCCAGGCGGUAGUAAUUCAGCGGCAAAUGUGAGUACCACCACUGGCGUACGACUACAUCAUACAACAGGAAGCGGUGCCAUUGGUACGGCGAUGUAUCAACAGCAUAAUUCUAUGCAUAAUUCCCCAGCGCAACAAUUGCAGCUGCACCAUCAGCAACAACAGCUGCAACAUCAGCAACAUCAAUUGCAUGCAGUGGGUGGUUCAUCGUCACCACCACCAAUGUCGGCGGGCUUGAUGGGCAACACACAUCUACACGGGCACUCUACUCCAUCGGCAACUAGUCUACUAAUGUCACAUCACUCGGCGCCUGACAAUGGCAGCAUGGCCGGCAACGUACAUCAUCAUCAACAUCACCAGCAUCAUACAAUUGGUGGCUCAGGAAACGGUGGCGUGGGCAGUGCCGGCGGAUCGCAAAAUUUGCAUUCGAACAGCGUUAUACAGAAUAUAUUGCAUAGCGCGAAUGCAUCGAAUGCCAUGCACCAUCAUCACCAUUCACAAUUGCCACACAUGUCGCAUUUGUCGCAUCAUCAACAUCACCAACAACACGAACCCCAUUUGGAAAUAACACCACUGAUGCAAUCGCCGCCGCUGCCGCCGCCCCCACCGCUGCAUCUGCAAAGUCCAUCGAAUCAGAGUAAUCAGUCACAGCAUGGUAGCGGUGGUGCUAAUUCGCUUAGCUCCCCAAUAACAACAACACCAGCCUCGGUUCCCAGUGGUAGUGCGCUCAAAUCACCAGGGCAAACGAAUCUCAGCGACGAGGCGAUCUGUGCGUCUGAGACGCAAUCUCAUUCUGCGCAUCUCAGUGAACAACAUCAACAUAUGCUGAGCCAUGGGACCACCCUAUCACCAUCUGAAAUAAAUUCAAACACCGCCGUCUCAUCGCAUUCAACAGAUGGAGCGACUGAAUCACAACAUCAAGCGCAUGUCAUCGACUCCAUAACGAUAUCACCAGGGGAAGGACAUAGUUUUAAAAUGGAAGAUAUGUAACUGUUAAAAAAUUGCGCUAGCAGAAAACGCUAAUAUUACUCAGCGGAUUGCGUUCGAAACGCACAGUCCAACUCCUUCCCUUUAUUAUAAUUAUUACAUACAUACAAGCCAAUGGAUAAAUUAAAAAUUUGUUAGUUUAAGUAAAAAAA